GACAGCCUCAGGUGACAGGUGUGCUUGUCCAGGUGCCCGGUGUUGGGGCCGGAAGUACGUUCAGCGGCAUGGAGAAGCAUAGGAAGUGUGUCGUUGUCACAGGGUUUGGUCCUUUUGGUGAGCAUGCUGUCAAUGCAAGUUGGGUGGCCGUACAGGAACUGGAGAAGGCUGGGUUGCAAGAUGGGAUUAAUUUGCAUGUGUAUGAAGUUCCAGUUGAAUAUCAAACUGUUCAAAGGUUAAUCCCAGAUUUAUGGAUGAAACACAACCCUGAGCUCAUUGUUCACGUUGGAGUUUCUGGCAUGGCUACAAUGGUGACACUAGAAAAAUGUGGUCACAACAAAGGAUACCUUGGCCUGGAUGUUCGCCAAUUUUGCCCAGAUACAGAGUGUUGUGUGGAUGGAGGCCCAGAAUGCUUACACUCUGUUAUAGACAUUGAUACGGUUUGCAAGAAAGCAACAGAAGCUGAAUUGGAUGUUCAGUUUACAGUGUCGACAGAUGCGGGCAGAUAUCUGUGUGACUUCACGUACUAUACCUCUUUGUACAAGAGCCAGGGCAAAUCUGUGUUCAUCCAUGUGCCUCCUCUAGGAAAGCCGUAUACAGCUUCACAACUGGGCCGUGCUUUACAGAUCAUUAUAAAUACUAUCCUGGACAUGCUGGAACAAUCAGAAGACCAAAUCACUUGCCAUCAAAAACACUGACAAAGGUCUAUGUAUGGUAAAACUCCGCAGACCCGCUAGGGGGAUAAAGAAACACAAAAAUGAGGAUUUGAUUUUAUACCACUGACGAUGUGUUUUUCGGUUUUGAAAAAUAUUGUUUUAUCCUCUAGGCAAAGUUGUCAAAUUUGUCCCACUACUGCCAAAAGUA